GCACCUGCUCGACUGGUGAUCACAUUAGGGUCCAAUAUACACAAAAACUCCGGGUUUAAGAAUAUAAUGCAGUACCAGUCUAUACUUUUUGUUACCAAGCACGCCAAAAAGUAAAAGUAUAGAGAAUUGGGAAGUUUUUUUCACUGAUUUCAGUUGUUAACCAUGUUGCAUAUUACAACAGAAAUCGGAAAGCCUGGAAAAAUUGAACGAGAGCGGCGCCAUUUCCCCCAGAUUGAUAAUCAGCCAGGAGAUUUGCCAUCGUACAAACCACGAGGUCGCAGAUACAUACCACACGGAUAUGGCAUGUAUGAUGAAUGGAGGCCACACCCACAGGGUGUCCAACCACAAUAUACAGAUUCUGGCCCAGACUGGAAAUCCCGACUAAAGUACAUUCCUGAUCCAGAAAACCCUAAGUAUCCUGCAGCAGAAAUCUUUGAAAACAACUGGAAGGCAAUGAGACCCUACCCCUCUAUGUAUGACAUACUACGUGACACGUACAUGAACACGAGCAACGAGUGGUUACUGGAUCCUGGUCUUUCAAGUCGCGGAAUGAGGUGCAAAUUCAAUGGAGAGCAUAUGGCCACCAGGACAUCGGCCGAUGAGAUAACUCAUACCAUGCUGUUUGGCAGGGGGAGAAACUUGGAAGUGAUAGACAAGCGGAACGGUAUCGGGGAGGCUGCCCCAGGGGACAAACCCUACCAUACUCCGGAAUUUUCAUCUCGCUUUCAUAAACUGGGUUCCACAUUACCAGUCAUCGAGUUUGGCCUUAAGAGAAAGCCAGUUAAACGACCAUAUGAGGAAGAGUGUCCCAAACUUUUCAAGAUUUUCUUUGAAGAAAGGGAACCAUUCCGGGUAAAAGCUCGACGGGAAGAGAAGGAGAUUGAGAAGAUGACAGUGAAGGGCCUCGAUGAAUGGCGGCCUGCGACACCCCUAAAACCUGAGAAGGUGGAGGAGAAGAAAUAAUGGCCUCACUCGAUGGCACGGAAAAACUCAUACAGUUGCGAAAUAUAGUUUGAGAGGGGUGGUCACAAUGUACAAUGCACACUGGAGCUGGGAGUAUUGUCAACAUCAAUGUUAAAGACAUCAUAUUUUGGGACAUUUACUCAAGCCAUGUCUUUCCUUGCUGGCCAUCUCUCUAGGUCCUCAAAAUUCUGCCUGUUUGGGAUAGGCUGUUGAAUUAUUUUAAGUCUACUCCCCUACUGUAUAGUAAUUUAAGGAGAAGUGCAUUUGCCACCAAUGCAGCAAACUAAGGAAGAUAACUUGUGCACCAACAUGUUGAGUAUCACUUGUUACCUCCCUUAUAAAAAGAAAAUAUAUACAAUAAUUAUCGGUGGAAGGUGAGGUGGUCGUCAGACCUCAAUGCAUUUUUUUAAAUCAGUAAUUUGUUAAAUUUUAUAAAAUUACCUGAGUGUACCUGUUUAAUAUUACUGAAUUGUGUGUAAUCACCCCUCUCACAACUCACUGUUACUGGUGUUAAAAUUAAUUGUUGUUGUUUGUUUAGAAAAUGUAAUUUAAAGAAUUGUGAUAGUUAUUGUUAUGUGAAUUUAAGAGAACAAAUUUGUUCUACAUUUUAUAUUUCAUUAGCCCCAAAUCUGUGCCUGGCUUUUUACGCCAACCAUUAUUCAUGGCUAGAUAUCAGUAUUACCUUAGUUUUGAGAUUUUAUUUUCAUAUCUCUAGGCCCUGUUUAUCUGUGAUAUGUUUCCUGUUUAUUAUACAAAGGGAUAUUAUACAAUCUUUUAAAAUACUAGUAGUUCAAGUUAGGUUGUAGAAUUCCUGCUGAUGACUUUGAAAUCCUGUAUUUUAUAUUUGCGCCCUCACAUGUCCAGAGGUUGUUUAAGGAAGAAGAAACACUUACAGCUAUUGGAUUGAAAAAUACUGGCCCCAAUAUCACAAAAACACUUCAGUCAAAUCACAAUCUCAGACUCAACUCAUUUUACCACAUAUAAGCAUUGUAUGAUACAAAAUGUUGUAUUUUUUAAAACAUGCUUUUUUAAUAGAAUAAGUUGAUAAAAGAAACUGUCAAUAUUUCAAAGAAUACUUCAUUCUAAAGCAAAAAAUAUUCUUGAAUAAUUGUUAAAAAAUAAUGGAUUGUACUCAAACAAAUUUUAGCUGUAGAAUAUUUUUCCAUCAGAAUCUUCACCAAAGGUUUUUAUCAACAUAAUUAAUGAUAAAAUGCGCCUUUAAAAAGUGUUAGAACAUAUAUGACUUUUGUUAAUAACUUUUGAUGUUAUAAUUGUAAAAAUGAGUUGAGAAUUUUCAUGGUAUUGGGGCCUGGUGCAUCUACACCAGCCAUUUGUAGUGUAAGAUUAUAUGUAUCAGGAUUCAAGACGAAGUAAUAAGUACAAGGCCCAUAUGGUUGGACUUACAUAAAAGUCCUUCACUUUUUGCUACUGACAGAAUGCUUUACAUUAAAACUGGCAAUAUUUUAACAGGAGGAUUUGUCUGAAGUAAGGAUGCAUGGAGGCAUAGUUGUCAAGGAGAUUUCACUAUUUUUCAUCAUGACUUUCAGAUAAAAACGUUUGUGAAUUGUUUAACCGAAAGUAAAGGAUUAUAUAAUAUCUCUUUUUAACUGUUACUUUGUUUCAACCUCUUCCAAGUAUUUACAUGAUGUUUAUUUUCCCCAUGUAUGGGUGUUUUACAUGACCGCAAAGCUUUGUUAUGUAAUUAUACAUUUAACAUAUUUUCAGUCCAUAGUAUAUUUACAUAUGUACUUAACUGUCCUUCUUUCACAUUAACCGCAUUUAUAAAACUGUUGUCGUUACUGUUGUUUUACAUGUAUUGUUGUAAUGUAAUUAUACCGCUACCAUUUAUAUUAAAUAAUUAGCAUUGUUUUAUUGAAAUGAAAUGUUAAGAUAAUAAUCAUGUAAAAGAUGAUUGGUCUGACUUAAAUCUAGCUGGAAAUAAAUGUAUGGAUCUUAAAGAUAGAUUAACCUCAAGUGCAGUUGUUUUAAUCGAGGUAGAUUCCAAGGCAGUUUGACAGUUGCUUUAUAGUUUUGUCAAUGUUAUCUCUCAAUUGCUGACAAGUUUUUAAUCCAUUUCAAGAUCAAAUCUGAAAACAAACUUUAAAACUUUAAACUGUUUGUAUUUUAUUGCAUUGUCAUAAUAUUCAUGUUGAGUUAGGUACAUUAUCAUUAUAAUGAUUGUAUUCCCGUUUAUUUGCUCAGAGAUUAAAUCUUUGAUUUGGC